AAUCUCGACGCGUAUCGUUUCGUCUGUUAGUUUUUCCUGAUUUUCGUGUUGAAAAUCACAAGAAUUGCAACAAAAUGGCAUCAAAUAUGAACACACGAUCACGAAAAAGACGUGAGAGCUACUCGCCUAUCGAAAGUCUCCCGGUUGAGAUGUUGCUGGAAAUUUUCGAGUAUUUGGAUUCGUGGAGCAUUCGUCGCUGUUCCGAAGUUUGUUUGACGUUCUUUCACCUGACUUUGCGUCCAGAGUUCAGAAAAUUCUUCAAGUUGACGAUUUCAGAAGAUUAUUUGGCUGCCAAUUGUGGAAUCGGAAAGUUGUUUGCACCCGAAAGACGCACAAUUCGAACUUUUGAUCAUCUCACAUUGGAAAAAGUGAAUUUCAAGACACUUCCGUUUGCUAAAAAUUUCUUCAUGCGACUUGGAAGAGAAAUCACCGAGAUAGAAUUGCAGAACACAUUUUUUCUGCCACUGAUGAUAGAAAAAGGAUCAGACACGCAAGACACAUUUUUUCGCAAAAACAUCUUGAAUAAUUUUCCUAAUUUAGAAAAAUUAGUUUUGGAAAAUUUAGACAUUGAUGACUUGAACUAUUAUCCCCCUUCUUUGAAGGAGAUCCACAUAAACAGCAGUGCUUUUUUUGAGGAUUUAAAGGAGCACGAGGAGUUCCUCAUACACAAAAACGGUCUAGUCAACUUGAAAAAAUUGAUUUUCACACAAGUGUAUCCUUUCGAUAAUGAAGAUUUUCCCGUCAACGUUACAGAUGCGGUUAAGACCAAUUUAAAUGAUCUUGAAGAACAUCUGUAUUAUAUCAAAAACAAUUUCAACAUACUCGAAGACACAGUUUUUGAUCUAAAUCACAUCACAGGACUGGUUUUUGAAGAAAUUUCUUCCAUUUCGUUUGUUCAAUUACAUCAUUUCUCAAAUUUGAAGUUACUUGAAAUCGAAUUCGAGGAAGAAGUCAAUUGCUUUACAGAUCACGAGAAAGCAUUUCCAGACUUUUCUCAUGUCAAGGAAUUGAAAUUGCAUAUUGAUUCCUUUUCAAUUUGCGACACUUGCAUAACGAAUAUUUUAUCAUCUUUUACUGGAUUGACCGAACUCGAUUUGAAAGCUAAUUUGACAGACGCCCAAUAUCGUCUUAUUUAUGCAAAUAUGCCAAAAUUAGAGUAUCUCGAGUUACAUGGAGUGAUUCCGCGACACAUUUUCGACUCGGCCGAGCAUUCUCCGAAUUCCAUUGAAAAAUUGAAGAAUUUGCAGCAUUUACUGGUGUACGAUACCUCAAUGAAGAAACUUUCGGGACUUUCAAAUAAAUGUUUUCUGAAAUUCGCCUACUUGCCACAUCUCAAAACAUUACGUCUUAGUGAAAGUUACAAUGAGAAUAUCAUUCAAAUCACUGGAAUUCGUCAUCUUAUUCGUCAAUGUCCCCAAAUUUCAUCUUUUUCUAUACCAGACAGCCUCGAUGAUAAAGAGAUUAAAGAAAUUAUUCGCGGAUGGCCUCACUUAACUACUUUAUUUUUGCCACAUGGAGAUAUUUGCUAUCCAAAAACCUGGAAUUUGAUAAAAGACACUUGCCGUUUCCUAAAGUAUUUGUCUGUCGAUCAUCAUCGGCUCUUAGAUUUUAAGUUCGUAGAACAAUGUUCCUUGUUUAAAAACAUCUCAAGUUUGAAAUGGUUUAAGAAAGGGGAUCGCGUAAUCUUUACACGUACUGACUAUCACGAAAAAGAUGUUUACUUGAAAGAACAUGGGGAGCUUCAUAGGGAUGUUUCUAUAAAACGCAGAAACUCAGCGAUUGAAUCGAUAUCCAAAAAGAAACGUUGUUUGUCAUACAAUGGAUACUCUUUUUCUACAAUUUCGGAAAUAGAAAAUGAUGAUUCCGUUGAUGAAUAUUAUCCGGAUGAAGUAUAUAAGAACAUGAAUUCAGAAUUAUCAUCGGAAGAAUCUGGUUGUGAAUGCGUAUGGGGAUAUUGUGUCCAUGAGUAUGGAUACUAUUAGAUAAACUCAUUUGAUUCUCUUCAUAAAUGUAUUAAUUAAUUUUCGUAACUAAUCUUUAUGUAAUAAAAAAAAAUAAUUUUUGUCUACUUUUAA